AUGCCAGAUGCCGACGAUGAUUUUAACGAUUUAGAAGAUGACGACCUAUUGGAUGCUCUAUAUCAAAAGAAUAUAAAUAAAACUGUUACGGAGACCAGAGUACGAAGGUCACUUCCAGUACAAAGAGAUCUUACGAAUCAGAUAUUGCCUGGUCAGAGAACCUUUUACGAAGAGAUACAGAGAGAAGUUACAUUUGGUCCUACACAUCAUGCAUUUAACGAGGAAGAGCUGCCGAUAUACAUAUAUCCAACUAACUACGAAGUGAGAGAGUAUCAAUUUGACAUUGUACGAAAAGCGCUCUAUACUAAUGUAUUAUGUGCAAUUCCCACUGGUAUGGGUAAGACAUUCAUUGCUAGUACUGUAAUGCUCAAUUAUUUUAGGUGGACAAAGACAGCAAAAAUCAUUUUCAUGGCACCGACAAGACCCUUGGUUGCACAACAAAUCAAAGCAUGUUUAGGUAUAACUGGUAUACCAAGCAAUGAAACAGCUAUCUUAUUAGAUAAAACUCGUAAAAAUAGAGAAGAGAUUUGGAAAAUGAAAAGAGUUUUCUUUACAACUCCUCAAGUGGUCGAAAAUGACUUGAAAAGAGGUGUUCUAAAUCCCAAAGAUAUUGUAUGUUUGGUUAUAGAUGAAGCUCACAGAGCGACAGGCUCGUAUGCAUACACCAAUGUGGUUAAAUUCAUGGAUAGAUUUGUCAGUUCAUAUAGGAUACUUGCAUUGACUGCUACGCCAGGUGCUGCAUUAGAAAAUGUACAGGAAGUAAUAAACAAUCUCAACAUAUCGAAGAUUGAAAUUAGAACCGAAGAAAGUAUGGAUAUUGCCAAGUAUAUGAAGCACAGAGAAAAAGAACAAAUACAAGUAGCAUUAUCAGCUGAAAUCGAAGAAAUACUUGAACAACUAGGUAUUGCGAUCCUACCAGUACUCAAUCAGGCCGUAGAGCUAGGAAUAUAUGAAGAAUGCCAUCCAUCACGAAUCAAUGCUUUCAAAGCCAUGCAAUUAAGUCAGAAAAUUAUUGCUAACCCCUCUAUUCCUGAAGGUAUCAAAUGGAGAAAUUUUUUCAUUCUUCAAUUAUUGAACCAUUUUGGCCAAAUGAUGAAAAGAAUCAAAAUUUAUGGAAUAAGAACGUUUUACAGUUAUUUUCAAAAUAAGUAUAAAGAAUUCACUACAAAGUUUAAUUUAGGAAAAUCGACAAAUAAAAUAGCUGCCGGCUUUUAUUUCCAUCCCAUAUUGAAAAAUGUAAUGAAACAAUGUGACAAGUAUCUAAAUGAUCCGCAGUUCUUAGGUCAUGAUAAACUGCAACAUGUAAGAGACCAACUUGAGACUUUUUUGGUAACUGGCCGCUCUGAUUCAAGAGUCAUCAUAUUUACUGAAUUGAGGGAGAGUGCACUGGAAAUAGUUAAAUGUGUUGAUUCCAUGAACAAGAACUCUAUACGGCCUCAUAUUUUCAUUGGUCAAGCUAGAGGUAAAGAAGACUUUGAUGAGGUAUCCUUCACAAGAAAGCAUCAGCCAAAAGGUAGGAAAAAGGGAGAUAAGUUGAAAAGAAAAGAAGAGGAGGAAAUCUUACAGAUUGCAAAGAAACGAAAGAAGGAACAGGAGAAGUUAGAAAGGGAGGGUAGGCGUACGGGCAGUUCAGAGGACGCUCAGAUUAACGGUAUGAGCCAAAAGCAGCAAAAAGAAGUUAUUCAGCAGUUCAAGAAUGGUGAUUUCAACGUUCUUGUUUGUACAUCAAUUGGUGAAGAAGGUUUAGAUAUUGGUGAAGUUGAUUUGAUUAUAUGCUAUGACACUACUAGCAGCCCAAUCAAAAAUAUCCAGCGAAUGGGUAGAACUGGUAGAAAAAGAGAAGGACAUAUCCUUUUGUUAUUUAGUAGCAACGAAUCUUACAAGUUUGAACAGGCGAUGACGGACUACAGCAAUCUCCAAAAAUUAAUCUCACAAGAAUAUGUUGAAUGCAAACCGUCAGAUAGAAUACUCCCGACUGAUAGAGUUCCAGAAUGUCACAAAACUUUUAUCGCGGUCAAUGAGGAAGACGAAGAACUGACCCGUAUGGAUGAUACCGAUGAAGUAAUUCGUUACGCAACCCAAUGCAUGCUUGGUAAAAAGACUAGGCCAAAAAAGAAAGCCACAAACGGCAAGCAAAAGACAGUCAAGCAGUUCUUCAUGCCAGACAAUGUUGAAGUUGGAAUAAUUUCAGCAGAUCAAUUGGUCAAUAAAUUUACUGAGGCAAAAAGUGGUGAGAAAAUUAAGAUACCAAAAAAAAUAGAGAGUAGAAAACGAAAAAAACCAUUGAAAGCAUUGGAUGAUCUAGAAAAUGACUCACUCGAGUCUUCAGGAGAUGAAUUGGAUGAUAUUAAAAAACCACGUAUUGAAAUGGUUCAGCCACAGAUAACUAAUCAAAAAGCUGAGAAAAACUUACAAACUGAAUUAAAAAUAUCGGUAAAAAAAGAGUCACCUAUCUCUAGCAGAAAUAUCCCAAUUGAACCAUCGUUAUUCAAAAAUCCAGUCAAAACGGAACCAAAGCCAUACAUUGAAGAAAAUCCCAUUAUCAGCGCCAAUGAUAAGAUUGAUAAAAACUUCUAUUCGUCGAACGAAGGCCUUUUAAAUGAGGAAGAAAAGUCAUACUUCAAACAGUACUACGUUCCAGAGGAUGCAGUUUCGAUGGAACUCGCACCAAACUUCAAUCAAUGGACUGAGUCAGGUAGUAUUUCACAUACGUUACUCAAUCAGAAUGUUAUUACUACGUUCAAGUCUCUCAAAAAUAAUGACAAAAGUAAAAUAAUUGAGAUGAACAGGAUGAAAUGUAUUGUUAGAAAUAUGCAAAAUAAAAAUGCUAGACCUACCAAACAGACAAAAUCUGAUAUCAAUACUAAAAUUGAAGAUUCAUCUAAGAAUUUACUUCCAGGACAAAAAGAAGUAAACAAUUCAAGUCCUUCAACUAAUAAAGAACUUUUGAAUGAUAUUUUAGAGUCAGAUUCGGAUUUCGAGUAG